AUGAACAACGAUCAGUUCCGCAAGCUUGUUGUUGGCAGUGGGACCAAGUCCCCGGCCAGCGCGCAGGAUGGAAUGUCUCCGCCACCGCCGUCUCGAGGUGGGAGUGCCGCCGCAGCUUUGGGCUCGCGACAGAAGUCUUUUGUGCCCAUGACCCCGAGGUCCGUAAUGGGGGGUGGAGGAGUCAACUUUGCGAAACAGCUCGCCGAACGAAACCAAGCGAACCAGAAGCAGAAGAAGUUCCGGACGUCUGCCCCGAGGGGGAGCAGACUUGCCGAAGGCUAUACCGACCGCUCAAAAGCUACCGCAGAAGCAGAAGAGGACGACCGUGCCGAGAGAUUGAAGGCCCUCGAAGAGUCGUUCCGGAAAGAAGAGAUCGACCAGACUACGUAUGAGAAGUUGCGGUUUGAGAUUGCGGGAGGCGAUCUGUCGAGUACACACCUGGUGAAAGGCCUCGACUUCAAGCUCCUGGAAAGGAUACGAAAGGGAGAAGACGUCUACGCGGAGAAGAAGGCCCCUUCACCCACGGAAGAGCAAGAGCCAGAAGCCGAAAAUGCGCCCGAGGAGGACGUAGACGAUGCCCUCGAGCGUCUUGAAGAUACCGAGGUCCAGGCCGUGGAGAGACAAAAGGCGCAGAAGAAGGGCCAACUGGCAACCACGUCGCUCGUCCCGGGCAAGAAGCGAACGCGUGAUCAGAUCCUGGCUGAGAUGAAGGCGGCAAGAGAAGCAGCAAAGGCCAAGGAGGAGUCUGCGCUGGGCGGCAAAUUCAAGAAGAUCGGCGCGAAAAAGGCAGCUGGGUCUCGAAUCGAGUAUGACAGUAGAGGCAGGGAGGUGCUGAUCAUCGUUGACGAAGACGGUCACGAGAAGAGAAAAGUCCGGAAGGUCAACCCGGACGAGGCAAAGGAGCGUGCCGCCUUUGUACCAGACAGCCAGGCCGAGGUGUUGGGCAUGGAAGUGCCCGAGUACUACAAGCAGAAACAGCAACGCGAAGCUGAAGAGGCAGCAGCAAAAGAAGUCGACAUCUUCGAUGAUGCAGAUGACUACGACCCCUUGGCUGGUAUUGAUUCGGGCUCCGAUGCAUCAGAUUCGGAAGAUGAGGGUGCAAAAUCAAAGGCGCAAGCUUCAGCAGAAGAAUCGCACGAGGGUGAGGACGGUGAGGUUGUCGAGGAACCAGCGUCCAAGGGCAUGCCACCACCCCCCAGGCCGCAAGCUGGCCCCGCCUCGAGAAAUUACUUCAAAGACUCAAAGACGGGUCUCGCCUCAGAAGAAUCUCGCGCGGCUCCGUCCAUGUCAGAUCCUGCCGUGCUCGCUGCGUUGAAGAAGGCCAAGACGCUCAGGGCGGCCGAGCAGUCGGAAGAGGACAAGAGGAAGGCAGAGAGGGAGGAGAGGCUCAAAAAGCUAUUAGAGAGUAGCAACCGGGACGCGGAAGAUAUGGAUAUGGGUUUCGGCAGCAGUAGAGUGGAGGACGAGGCUGACUUGGAUGACGGCGAUGUCAAGUUAUCGAAAUGGGGAGGCGACAAGGCUGGAGGUGAGUCGGGAGGCGGCGGAGGCAAACGGAAGAGGGGCUCUAAGAAGCGGAAAGGGGACGGCAACAAUGCCGAAGAUGUCAUGCGCGUGUUGGAACAAAGGCGAUCCAAGGAGUCGUCGUCACAUUGA